AUGGAAUUUAAUUUUAAAAGUCACUGUGCAUUAGCAUUAAUCAUUCGAUUAAUUCUAAUCGCUUACUCUGACUUUCACGAUAAAUAUUUCAGUGUCCCUUAUACGGACAUUGAUUACAAAGUUUAUACAGAUGCAUCACGUUUUUUAUUGAAUGGUAAAUCCCCAUAUGAGCGGCAUACUUAUCGUUAUACACCACUAUUAGCAUUAAUUCUCACUCCCAAUAUAUUGCUCCAUUCGAGUUUCGGAAAAAUACUGUUCUCAGUAAUUGACAUAAUCAUCGGAAUUUUGAUGAAGCACAUUUUGAUGAGAGGACAGUGCAACGAUAAAACAUCUGGUAUUUGCGCAUUAGUCUGGCUCUACUGUCCAUUAACAAUCGUAAUAUCGACACGAGGCAAUGCGGACUCUGUUGCUGUUAUUCUAGUGUUGGUGACGUUAAAAUAUUUGGUCAGUAAUCAGCCUUUUCUCUCGGGAAUUAUUCAUGGUAUUUCCGUGCAUUUUCGAUUGUAUCCGAUUGCAUUCAGUUUGGCGAUGUAUCUGUCAAUGUCGAGUAAUAAUUUUUUUCCGAAUAUCCGUCAGCUUAAGCUCGUUUCAGGAUGCAUUUUUUCAUUGGGUCUGUGUACUUUCGUUGGUUAUUACCUUUAUGGAUAUGAAUUUUUAUACGAAAGCCUUUUUUAUCAUUUAAUCAGAAAAGAUGCACGACAUAAUUUUUCUGCAUAUUUUUAUAUGCAGUAUUUAUCCAUUGGAGAAAAAGAACUAUUUUUUGUUAAAUUGCUGAGAAUUUUACCACCAGUUAUUUUAUUGAUUGCGCUGUCCAUUCGAUACUCGCGCAAAAAAGAUUUACCAUUUGCCAUGUUCACUCAAGCUAUGGUAAUGGUGACUUAUAAUUCGGUUGUCACAUCUCAGUACUUCUUCUGGUAUUUAUCUCUACUACCACUUUGUUUACCGUAUAUUAAGAUGACAGUGAGGCGGUUUAUGAUAUUGUUCGCCAUCUGGAUUGGAAGUCAGGGCUUGUGGCUUCUUGAUGCAUAUGCCCUGGAGUUUGGAGGCUUCAACAGCUUCCAGUCGAUCUGGAUUUCUAGUUUGAUUUUUUUCGUUGUUAAUGUUAAGAUCAUAGUGGAAAUUAUUAAUAAGUAUAACAAUUCGGAAAUUGUAUGAAAAAUAUUGGAAUAUCAUGUAAUAAAGGCAUUGACUAUUAA